CUGGAAAGCCGGGUGGUGGCACGGAAAUUGGCUGGCUUCAGCGCUAGGAUUACCGGCCGAGAGCGUGUGCAGGUUCCACUCGGGCUGAGCUAACAUGCAUUUGAUGGAUGGGCUCGUCGAUCAAGGCGUUUCGUCACCGAUCAAAGCGGUCUUUCUGCAGCACGACGAAGAUUCUGGUUUGAAGGCACAGACAGAUUCCGCUGGCGAUGGCGACACGGAUAACGCGCUGUUCCGGGCGCAAAAGGCGGCAGCUUGCUUGUGUCUGAAAGUGACACAGAACGGUUGAGAGCAGGCUGAUAGGACGGAAAGGGGCUUCUCAGGUGUGCUAUGUGGAAAUACACGUCAGCGUGGGUGUUCUUAACCAGCGAUGCGUAGGAUCUAAAACCCCGAAACGGCGCGUCGGG